UCGCCAACUGAGCGCCGUGGUCGUUCCUACGCACCCCUCGAAUAUCCACCGUUCCAUACCCACCAAUUCUAGCAGAUCCAGAUCCAGAUCCGGUAUCACCAUCUCCAUCUACGGAUUCAUCUACCACCGCGCUGCACGAGAAAAAGGUUCUGCUCUGCCUGGACUGCCGACGGGCAGCAGUUCGUCCUCCCUUAAACACGCACAGGCCAAGAUGGUGGAGUGAAACUUCCAUUAGAGCUGCCAAAAAGAUCUACUAUUCCCUGUUACUAUUUGUCCCAAGCAAAGAGUCUGCUACGAUGGAUCUCAUCGUUGGCGCCUCGAGCAACGCCGUGAAAUCCCUCGUCGGCAAGCUCGGGAGCCUACUCGCCCAGGAGUACACCCUGAUCCAGGGCGUCCGCGACGACAUCCAGUACAUCAACGAUGAGCUGGCCAGUAUGCAGGCUUUCCUCAACAGGACCAAGCGUGCUGGCAGCCACGACGAGCAGCGGCAGGACUGGAUGAAGCAGGUGCGCGAGGUGUCCUACGACAUUGAGGACUGCGUCGACGACGUCAACCACCGGCUCGGCCACGAGCCCCGAGGGAACGGCAAGCUGAUGUACAUCCGGAAGAAGUGGUAUUUCCUCACGACGAUGUACGUGCGCCGGUGCAUCGCCGCCGAGAUCGGCAACCUCAAGGUUCGGGCGCAGCAGGUCAGCGACCGGCGCACGAGGUACGGGGUGGACAACCUUAGGGGAAGUAGCAGUGAGCCCGUGGUAGCUGACGCUCCUACAGACCGUGUAGCUCCGCCUCCCGAACUCAUUGGCACGAAGCAACCGGUGGGCGUGGAAGAUGCCAUGAACGAACUCGGGGGAUGGUUUAAAGCAGAGCAGCGCACCACUCAGCAGAGCACUGAGAAGCGGUUCCUUGCCAUUUUUGGGUUUGGUGGCCUUGGGAAGACCACGCUCGCCAUGGAGUUGUACCGCAGGUUUGGAGAUGAUUUUGACUGCAGAGCGUCGGUGCAGGCCUCGCAGAAGUUCAAUCUUUUGAUGAUUCUGAGGAGCCUUGUCAAGCAGUUCCAUGAGCAGCAGGCCGGUGCUUCUCUGAAUGACCCCCUUGAGGGAAUUGAGGAAUGGGGAGAAAAAGAUCUCAGAAAGAAGCUCGUUCACCAACUGAAAGAUAAGAGGUACCUUGUCUUGAUAGAUGACAUAUGGUCUGUAUCAGCAUGGGAAAACAUUAAUGAUUCUUUGCCUGAAAGAGUGAAAUGUGGGAGUGUAGUGGUGACAACAAGGUUUAAAUCUGUAGCUGUUGCCUGCUGCCGUCGAAAUGGUCGCUUGUAUGACCACAAGCCACUUCUUGAAGAAAAUUCCUACAAAUUAUUCCGCCAAAUUGUCUCAAGUGCUCCUGAUAAUGCAUCUAAAGCUUCAUUAUAUGGUCAAAUUCUCUCCGGCACUCCUGAUAAUCCAACUAAAGCUCCAUCAGGUGAUCACAUUGUCACCUCUGCUUCUGAUAGUCCAACUGAAGCUGCAUCACAUGGUAUAAUUAUCUCGGGUGCUGUUGGUAAUAAUCCAACUAAAGCAGUAGCACAUGGUCAAAUUAUGUCUGGUACUUCUGACAAUCCCAUUGGAGAUGCUCAAGCUCUUUUAAAAAAAUGUGGAGGUUUGCCUUUGGCCAUAAUUGUCGUAGCAGGGCUCGUGGCUAGUAAACUGAGAUCAGGCACUAGCUCGAAGCCAAUAGAUAACUACUUAGCUGAAGUGGACAAGGCUUUGAGUGGAGGGUUGGAAACUCAUCUCAGUACGGAAGGAGUGACAAAAGUACUUGACCAAUGCUACAAUGAUUUGCCGGCUGAUCUCAAGACCUGUUUAUUGUACUUGAGCAUGUUUCCAAAGGGCAGCUUUGUUAGCAGAAAGCGUUUGAUUAGAAGAUGGAUAGGAGAAGGCUUUAUCAUUCAAAAGCAUGGGAAGACUAUUGAGGAAGUUGCUGAAGAUUACUUCAACGAACUAAUUAGCAGAAACUUGAUUCGGGCAGUCAACAACAGCAGUAAUGGCAAGGUCAAGACCUAUCAAAUUCAUGACAUGGUUCUUGAGUAUAUUGUUUCCAAGUCCAGCGACGAGAAUUUCAUCACUGUAGUGGGUGGUCACUGGCAGACACCAUUUCCAAGCUACAAGGUGCGCCGACUCUCUAUUCACAGAAGUGCCCGGGAAGAAAAAGAAACUGUGGAGAGGAUGAAAUUGUCACAUGUCCGAUCAUUGACAGCAUUCGACAGCUUUAAAGCACUGCAUUCUUGUUUGCUGAAGUUUCAGAUACUGCAAGUGCUGGAUCUUGAAUCUUGUAGAGAUUUAUCGUCCCAUCAGCUCCAGAAAAUAUGCAAAAUGCACCAGUUGAAGUACUUGAGCUUGCGUCGGACAGACAUUGAGGAGAUUCCAGCUGAAAUAGGGAAGCUGGAAUAUUUGGAGGUAUUUGACAUAAGGGAGACAGAAGUAAGUGAACUGCCUCAGUCAGUUGGGGGGCUAAAGCGGAUGACCCAUCUGCUUGCUGGCAAUAAAAGCAAGCGGAAAGCACUGAUAAUGACAGAAGAGAUCACAAAGAUGACAGCCCUUAAAACGCUAUCUGGUAUGGGGAUAUGUGGAACCACAACUGCAGGCAUGGUCAGAUUCACCAGGAAGACAACGGCUACUGGCUUAUUCAAAUCGGCUAGCCGCGGCUCAUGUAAGCAAGUGCUCCAAGCCUUAGAGAAGCUCACAAACCUGAAGAAACUCAGCCUUUACAUACUUGGGAAGCUGGAAGAAGAAGAUGAGAUACUAUUGCUCUCUGCCAUUGAGCACCUGAGCAGUUGCUCGCUCAAAUUUCUUGCAGUUGAUGAUGGCUUCACUGGCUUUCUUGAGGAAUCACUCAGUUCUUCAAAAGCACCGCCAGAGCACCUGCACACCCUGGAGCUUUGCGGCAAUUUAUUUGAAGUGCCCAAGUGGAUCGUUAGUAUGCAUGGCCUUGAGAAACUAACUUUGUCCUUAACUUCACUGAGGACAGAUACUUUGAUGCUUCUAAGUGAAUUGCCUGAGCUAUUCUCUCUCACUUUCUCUCUAGAUGCAGCAAAGUCCAAGAAUGGAAGUGCUCUUGAAAUUCUGCAUAAGAAUACAAUGAAUUCAGGAGGAGAGAUAUUUGUGCCGGAUGGUGGUUUCGGCAAGCUUAAGCUACUGCGCUUAUUGGCACCAUUUCUGCCACCUUUGAGUUUUGUGGAAGGUGCCAUGCCAACGCUCCAGAGGCUUGAACUGAGGUUCAGAACUGCGUAUGGUGUUCCUGGCCUGGAAAAUCUUGCAAGUCUCCGUCAGAUAUUUCUUGCAGUCAGCAGCAAGGCCCCUAAGGCGGCCGAGGAGAAAAAGCGAUUGGCGAACAAGAUUGAGAAGAAUCCCCCUACUGUGAUUGUCGACGAGUACAACGAAUCAUCAAUGGAGGUAUAUCAGUAACUGAUGUCUAUUCCAGUGACGGUCAUGGCAAGGAGAACAAAGAUGAGAGGCCGACAUUGGCUUUAUUUAUUUAAAGCCGGGCGCCGCUUGUGCCUGUUUUUCUGAAAAAAGAGCAUCUAGCAUUAAUCAUAAAUUUGUGGGGCACUCCUUGUUAUUGCAUCUGUUUCGUUCUGAGAUCCUGUAACAUGUACAAGGAGACUCUUGUUCCCUUGGACAAAUAUCCUGAACCAUUGUUCGCGCACCGAUUCGGCCUCUUCCUCUAUCACUUGCUUGUCAGCAGAGCACUUUCAGGUUUCUAGUUCUUAAGAGACAUCCAGCGCACAAUGCUGCUUGGCCCUAGAGAUCCAACAGGGGCAGUGGCCUUGACUUAAACAGAAACGAUGGUGUAAAUUUCUGAACAUAUUUUAAGCAGUUUACCAAGUUUAAAAUUUUGAGAUGCA